AUGAGAGCUCUUCCCUGGACAGCUGCAGUGCUUGCGGCUCUCGUGUCCAACGGUGCGCUAGCUGGAUCUAGCCAUAUGGACGAUCCUGCAUCGCUAGCAAUCGCUUGCCCUGACUACAGCGAGUACUCCAAGCUUAAACAUCCCCCAUACUCCGAAGGUCCUCUACAGCUUCCCUUCCAACGACCUGUUCUGCCAUGUCGAACGUUCACAUCGACGUCCAUUGAAAAGGUCAUCGAGGACGUGACUUCCCGCAUGGUUGACAAGGACCUUGCCCAACUCUUUCGGAAUGCGUAUCCAAACACUGCAGAUACCACUGUCCGAUGGCAUGUGGACUCAAGUGACCCUCGAUCGAAGAUAUUGACACAAUACCCACAGAGUGAAUCCUGGCAGGGACCGCAGUCUUUCAUCGUCACUGGCGAUAUCAAUGCGGAGUGGCUGCGCGACUCGGCAAACCAAGUCGCAGGGUAUCAAAUGCUCGCUGCAAAGGAUCCCAAGAUCAAAGCUCUUAUCUUGGGCGCCAUCAAUACUCAGGUUGAAUUCGUUCUCCAGUCUCCGUACUGCAAUGCGUUUCAGCCUCCCCCUCCAAGUGGUCUCCUCCACUCCAUUUCUCAGACCCAGAGCGACAUCGUUCAUCCGGCUUACGAACAGUCCGUUGUCUUCGAAUGUAAAUACGAGCUCGAUUCCCUGGCCAAUUUUCUCGCUAUAGGAAACAAGUUCUUCGCGGAAACAAAAUCCACGGAGUUUGUCACAACCAGAUGGUAUCGGGCUGUGCUUACCGUUCUUGAGGUUAUUGAGGAGCAGUCAAAACCCACUUUUGACGUUCAAGGCGAAUAUGUCCGCAACACGUACACAUUCAAACGCUUGACGACCCUAGGAACCGAAACUUUGAACUUGGACGGGGUCGGGAAUCCUUUGAACAAUGGGACAGGCCUUGUUCGCAGCGCCUUCCGCCCCAGCGAUGACGCCACUAUUUUCGGUUACUUUAUCCCUGCCAACGCUUAUUUAUCCGUGGAGCUGAAGCGGACAGCCUUAACCAUCAAAGCCGCCGGUGGACCCGACAGCCUCAUCCAGACUCUAGAGCAGAGAGCAAGCAUCAUCGAGAAAGGCAUCCGCGAUCAUGGAAUUGUUAGCCACAAGAAAUUCGGUGAGAUUUACGCCUUCGAGGUGGACGGAUAUGGCUCGAGGUUGUUAAUGGACGAUGCCAAUCUCCCUUCCCUCCUAUCUUUGCCUCUCCUUGGCUUCGUCGACAAGGACGAUGAAGUCUACCAGAACACGCGCAAGAUGCUUUUGAACAAAACGGGGAAUCCGUACUAUCUGACCGGUACCCAGUUCCACGGUAUCGGCGGUCCUCACGCCGGCCUCAGCAACGCCUGGCCCAUGUCUGUCCUCGUCCGUGCCCGCACAUCCGACGAUGACGAGGAGAUCAUGGAAUCCAUCAACAUGGUCCGAAACGCUAGUCUUCUCGGUCUGAUCCACGAAUCCGUCGACGUUGACAAUAUCCGCGUGUACACGCGCAGCUGGUUCGCGUGGGCCAAUAGCGUCUUCGCGCAGACCAUCCUGGAACUUGCGGAGAGAAAACCAUAUCUCCUCUUCGGGAAGGGGGCGUCGCCGUAUAAAGCUGGGGAGUGA